AUGGCGGACUUCAAUCUCGACGACAUCUUGGAAAGUGCUCUCGAAGAUUUCGACCAUCUCGAAGAGGAGGAGCGGAACCGUGCCACAGCCAAUGCUGCCGCUGCGGCAGCCGCCGCCGCUGCCGGCCCGGCUACCGACUCCAGCACCGCCCCGUCCCCGCCACCCAGCGCAGAGCAGAAGGAGGGCGACGGCGAGGGUGAAGACGAUGCAGACCUGGACAACCUGCCACCGGAGCUCAUGGACGGGCUCAAGAAGCUGGUCGAGGAGCUGUCCAUCAACAAGGAGGGCGGCGCGGGCGUGCCGGGCGACCUCGGCCUCGGCUCGGAGGAGAUGAUGAAGGAGGCGCUGGAGCAGCUCGAGGGCAGCCCCGAGUUCGCCUCCAUCAUGGAGAAGAUGAUGGGCUCGCUUCUCUCCAAGGAAGUCCUCUACGAACCCAUCAAGCAGAUGAAGGAGAAGUACCCGGCCUGGUUGGCCAACAACCGAGACAAGGUGUCGGCAGAAGAGUUCGCCAGAUAUUCGAAGCAGUUCGAGUACGUCCAGCGUCUGUGCGUGCUCUACGAGAGCGACAGUACCAUGGCUGAGAUCAUGAACAUGCAAGAGCACGGCCAGCCACCGGAGGACAUCGUGCAAGAGAUGGCCCCAGGGUUCAACCUUGGUGCCGAGGGUGGACCGCAGAUGCCGGAGCUGGAGGAGCUGCUCAAGGGCAUGGAGGGUCUGCCUGAUAUGGGCGAGGGCAAGGACAAGUGCCUGCUCAUGUAA